AUGGACAGUGGUCAUAGCGGUGAAAAUAAGAAGGCAUACAAGGAAAUGGCGACCCCGCUGCCUGCAGAUCCGCCUUCUUACGAAGAAACGAUGAAGAACGACAAGGAAGAGGUGGAAGCGGACAAAGCGGGCCCUUCUGAUCAUGGAGACAGCUUUGUGAGACCUGUAUACACUCAUCAUCCGCAUCCUAGGUCCCACAAGGGAUAUCCUGGUGCGCAGACUCUCACGUAUGCUUCCCGCUAG